AUGAUUAUGGUUAAACUUAUAUUGCAACAGCGCGGCUGCGUCGCGAAUGGACGUUGCGAGGCCUAUUCGAACGGCGGAGUGCCACACUGCGUUGGUGAUGGGCGUAGCGAAGCCGAUUCAAACGGCGAAGUGCCACUCUGCGGUGGCGAUGGACGUGGUGAGGCCGAUUCAAACGGCAAAGUGCCACACUGCGGUGGCGAUGGACGUGGCGAGGCCUAUUCAAACGGCGGAGUGCCACACUGCGGUGGUGAUGGGCGUAGCGAGGCCGAUUCAAACGGUGGAGUGCCACUUUGCGGUGGCGAUGGACGUGGCGAGGCCGAUUAUGACGGCGAGGAGACGCACUGA